CAAAGCAAAUGUGCGAGGUGCGAGCUGAAGCUGAUUUAGUUUGCUCCGAGUAUUUUGUGACGUGUAAAUGUGUGUUGUGUUUGUUUCAUAUUCAUUGUCGAAUUCGUCGCGUUCGAUUUUUUCUACGAGUUUCCUCUCCGGGAUUGAAAGUAUGAAAUAUGUACGAUGUUUUCAGCGUAGGCGAUCAAUAUAAAAUUAAAUGAAAUUUUUGAGCGUUUAUCCAGAGAUGAAAUCCUAAGGAAACGAAAUCUAAUAUCAUGAUGGAACCACCACUUACAAGCAAGGUUCUCCGGGCCCCUAAUUUAAAGAGAGGUCAAGAGAACAUUAGAAUACAAAAUAGAAUCAAGUUAGAACGAGUGUUAGGCGUAACUGUAUCCAGCAAUGCAGCUCUUGAUUGCGACACGACCAUCGAGCUGGUUGCAUAUCCAGCUGGUUGUACCGUCGUGUUGUUCAAUCCACGGAAGAAUAGUCAAGCGCAUGUGUUGAACGCCUGUCGUAAAACCGUAACUUCUCUAGCGCUUGCCGGAGAUGGCAAGCUUCUGGCAACGGGUGAAUGCGGUCACAUGCCGAACGUCCGUGUCUGGGAUAUCUCGGAUCCACAUAAUGCCGUGCAGAUUGCGGAAUUUCCCGGACACAAAUACGGCAUCAAUUGCGUGGCGUUUUCGCCAAGCAACAAGUAUGUCGUGUCGGUCGGCUCGCAGCACGACAUGAUAGUCAACGUUUGGGACUGGAGAAAUAACGUUAAAGUAGCAUCUAACAAAGUUUCGAGCAAAGUAAAAGCUGUCUGCUUCGCGGAAAACGGCAAUUAUUUCGUCACUGUGGGUAACAGACACGUCAAGUUUUGGUAUUUGGAAUAUUCUCGCAGUAGCAAGUACAAGGAACCUGUGCCUUUGAUGGGCCGAUCUGCCAUAUUAGGGGAACAAAGAAAUAAUGACUUUAUUGACGUAGCUUGCGGCAAGGGGGAAAUGGCGGAUUCCACAUAUGUGAUUACCAAAACGGGCUUGUUGUGCGAAUUUAAUAAUAGGAGGCUUUUGGACAAAUGGGUCGAACUCCGAACAAGCAGUGCUAAUUGCAUGACGGUUGGAGAUAAAUAUAUUUUUAUCGGAUGCGCUGAAGGAAUUGUGAGAUGUUUUAGUCCUAGUACGCUUCAAUUUAUCACUACACUUCCGCGGACGCAUUAUUUGGGAGUUGAUGUCGCUCAAGGAUUGUCUAUCAGUCAUAUGUCUCAACAUUCACUUAACGCGAGAUAUCCAGAUACGAUUGCAUUGGCAUUCGAUGAACGAAACAACAAGUUAACCUGCAUCUAUAAUGACCAUAGUAUUUAUGUUUGGGACGUGAAAGAUAUUAGGCGAGUUGGCAAGUCGCACUCAUUUUUAUACCAUUCGGCGUGCAUUUGGGGUGUCGAAAUGUACCCAAUUGGUCCAGACUCUGUCGGCGCAAUGCCGCUUGGGAGUUUCAUCACUUGCUCCAGCGAUGAUACAAUAAGGAUUUGGAAUCUGGAAAAGGAUAUCUCGCCAAAUAAUACGUUGUAUAAACGUAACAUUUACAGCAACGAAUUGCUCAAAGUUUUAUAUGUGGAUCCAGAAUUGACUUAUCUCAAAGAUCUGGAUUUAGCCGCCGCAGGAUCUACCGAAAAAAGCGACGCGUCUUAUGAUGGUCGUAAUGGUGUACGAUCUAUAAGAGUCAGUCCUGACGGCAAACAUCUUGCUUCUGGAGAUAGAUCAGGCAACAUCAGAAUUCACGAUGUAUCUUCAUUAGAAGAACUGUAUUUAAUAGAGGCGCAUGACGCAGAAGUGCUAUGUUUAGAGUAUUCGAAAUUUUCGCAAUACUCGAUAAAUGUCCUUAGGCUAUUGGCAAGUGCAUCGCGAGAUCGGUUAAUUCACGUUUUUAGCGUGGAUCAGGGAUAUAACUUCUUACAAACGCUUGAUGAUCACAGUUCGUCCAUUACUGCUGUCAGAUUUUUCAAUCAAUCAAAUCAGGACAAUCAAAUACAAAUGGUAUCCUGCGGCGCCGAUAAGAGUAUUAUUUUUAGACAACUUCAAUCGACACCAGGUGGAAUGCCACAAUUUGCAAGAGAUCACAACGCUCAGGGAAAAACUACUCUGUAUGACAUGGAAGUCGAUUCCGGGCAAAAGCAUGUCUUAACUGCCUGUCAAGAUAGAAAUAUUAGAGUUUACAAUGUUACAACGGGUAAACACAAUAAAACUUUUAAAGGCUCUGUUAGCGACGAUGGCUCACUAAUCAAAGUCGUUCUAGAUGCGUCCGGUAUUUACGUAGCUACCUCAUGUACAGAUAAAACACUUUGCGUAUACGAUUAUUACAGCGGUGAAUGUAUGGCCACUAUGGUCGGACACUCAGAAUUGGUAACAGGUUUACGUUUCAGUCCGGACUGUCGUCACCUCGUAUCUGCGAGCGGCGAUGGUUGUGUAUUCAUAUGGCGCGUGCCACAUGACAUGGUUGUGACCAUGCAAGCUCGUCUGGCUCAACAAGCGAUGCGCGCCGGCAAGAGACUAUCUCAGGUUAACGCUGGUAUCGACGUACAAUUGGACAAAGAAACUUUUGGAACACCCCCACCGGAUUUUCUUGAUCCCAGUGCGAAUCCGACAUCUCAAGGUAUCGGCAUGGAUUACAGAUUUAGUGUGGGUCAAUUGCCACUAUGGGCGAAGAAACAAAUGAAUACCGCAAGUACUGAUGGUAGCGCGGUACUUGACUUGAACGUCAGAUCUCUCAAUGUUGAUCUACCCAAAGGAAGAUGGGCACAAAGAGUUCAAGAGAGCGACAGUAUUACUGUAAAGUCCGUCUAUGACAGUGAUGAAGUCAUACCGUUUCCUCCAUCUCGUAGUGCUAUUGAUUCAGAUGGCGGUGGCGGCGGUGGUGGUUCGAAGGAUAGUUCCAUCGACAGCGGCACGGAAACGAAAUAUAGCAGUGAAUAUCGCCGAGAAACAGCUAUUAAUAAAAGGGAAGAAGGAGAAAACAUAUUCCAGCCUGAUCCUGAAAGUUAUAAAGAGAUAGAAAAUGACACUAAACAGAUAAUUGAUGAUAAGGUAACAAUAAGAAACAAUAUGACGGAAUUAACACGUCAGUCAAGGAGUCGUCACCACACCGACGAUAGCAGUCUUGGCAGUUUUAAAUUUGAGGAUCACGAGAGCACUGAACAUGAUGGGGACGUUGAAGAUUAUUCCGAAGGUGAAAAUGGAACGACUGGUUCUGAGAAAUCACAUCAUAGAUUAAUAUAUUAUCCUCCAUCAGAAGAUAUUAUAUCAAAUCAAUUCACUGUUAACGCAAUAGACGUUGAAGAACUUCGAAGAUCGCAAAGACGACAAAAAAGAUUAAAGAACGCAGAAAAUAAUCGGACGAGCGAAUUGAUCGCGUCUGGAAGUCAGGAUGAGUCUGACUCGGAAGGCGGCGCGUCAACUCCUAGUGCUGAAAGAAAUCCUUUAUCUAUAUUGUCUGAAGCUAGUUCAGAAGGUUUUGAUCAGCUCGCUAAACAGAAUCAUAGGGAAAAAUAUUUGAAAAACGCCUUUGAAUCACUUAGUGGAGCGGAGGAACCUUUGAAUCGUAUAAAAACGACGAGUAUUAGUUCCCAAUUUCAUGGAAGACUUAGUGUCGGUGAAGGUAGUACCACAAUACGCAAUGCAACAGUAGUUAAUGCAACCAAACACGUGAGAAGCGAUGUCGAUGUAGUGAAGAAACGGGAAGAAUUGCAAAGGAGGAUAGAAGAAACAAGAAGAAAAUUGCAAAGUGUCGGUUACCGAUCAUCAUUGAAAUCCAGCCAAAGCAUAUCUGAUUUGAGCAGCCAUAUACAAGCGAAGCAUCAUCGUUCGAGGCUCAGUACAGGUAACAGAUUCGGUCAAAAAAACCAGUUUUCAAAACCGACUAAUCCUAAACCUAUGCUAAAUCCAAAGUCCACAUUUAAACCUCAACAACUCACUAAUAAGGUUCAAGGUAUGGGGAAUGCAUUAUCUAAACUAGAGAUACCAAAUGAAAACUCAAAAAAUACGACUGUGUUAUGUAUUGAUGAGAAAACAAAACCAAGUCAUAACCGUCCAUUAACAUUGACAUUAAAGAAAACUGAAAAGUAUAAGCUGUCCUUGAAUAAGGCUAAUCAAUCUUUACCCGAAUCUCCUGUAUGCGAGGAAUUGAAACUACUGAAAGAGCAAUGUAAGAAGACAGCAACUCGGUUUGCGCGAUUUGCCCAAAAAAGAAGAUCUUGUAGCUACUUUAUUGAUCUAGAUGAGAAUAUGGAGAACAUUGCGAAAUCCGUUGAAAGUUUACCCGCUAUGAACGAGCGCAACAACGAAAAUCUCAAAGAAACCAUGGACGAUGCGGAAGAAAAUGGAAAUUUCAGCGACGAUUCCUUGGAAGGAGAUUUCAAGAAUCUACCCCGACGUUGCAUUAGUGAUUAUCAGAUAAACAUUCAUAUGGACGAUCAUAGAAAUCAUUCAAAUUAUCAGAAUUUCCAAAAGAAAAUUUUAACCGGCUCUCAGGAAAGCAUACUUUCAGAUGCCUCUAUUGAAUCAUUUUCCAAAGAAAGUGCCGAGAUAGAUUAUAAUCAUUACGAUCACGAUAGACACUCAAGUGCGAGUUUCUUCUUGUCCCGGCGUAAGAUGCAAGCGGGCAGAAGUCAGGAGAGUAUAUUGACUGAUGAAUCGGAUUAUCAGAUAUUUCCAUUGCGCGAGAACACCGCUCAUCAAAGUACAGAAAGUGUGUUAACUGAUGAUUCCGAUUCUCUCGUGAAAUCUGCACCUUUAGAAAUGUUGUUCGACUCGCAUUACAAACGAAAGAGACAAAACUCUGAAACUUAUAAUGAAAACCCUAAUAAUGCUAUAACAUUUGCUACAGAUAAUCCGCAAGGUUCCGUUAAUGAGAAUACAUUGUGCAGAACAGUAUUUAGAUCAAAAUCCUUACAAGACACCAGAAUUAACAAAACAAAGAACGACAUAAAUUUUAGAGAAAACAACGCGACACCGGAUACUCAUGUUUAUUAUGAAUUUAAUUUUGACAACGAACAUAAAAGAAAUGUAGACCCAGCAAUUUAUGACAAAUUAGAAUCGAUCUCGCGUAGCAAUAGCUUGAAAGUGCCUACGAAUCCAGAAUCAAUGAUGAUUAUGAAUAACUUUGUUCCUCAUAAACCACCAAAACCUAAAAGAAAUUUAUCUCGUACUCAGAGUAUGCGUAACAGAAUUAAACCAAGCUGGAAAUGUAACGAUACGUCAUCUUUAUCAUCUACUGUAAAAAGUGCCGUCGAUUCCGAUAAUUAUGUAGCGCUUUCCAGAAAUUCAUCUUAUUCAGAAUACCGAGUUACGCGAAGCGAUUCAGAAAUUAAACGAGAUUCGAUUAAUACGGAGGCAAUGGAGCAAGUUUUGCAAUCUGCAAACUACGCACAAGAAUCUGAUAACGAUAAAGACAGUAGACAUAAGUUCUACAGCUUACAAGCCUUUUGCUCCGAUAACAACAUUAUGUUGCAAGAUAAACUUAUACGCGAUAGGAACGAUUCCUCGCAUUUAAUGAAGAAUCAUUAUUUAGGAAAAAUUCAUGAUACGAUCGAGAAACAAAGCAAACCUUUCGAUAAGAAACAAAACUGCUUUGAAAAUGAAAUUCCAACGAAAGAUACGGAAACUUAUGACUCAUUAGAACCUAAUGGGGCUUCCUGCGAUUUGCAAACGACGGAACUGCAGUUUGAUGGUUCGAAUUUACAAUCUGCCAACAAACGAAUUGACAAUCUGGAUGCGAACAUGGAUGUCAGAAUAACUCGCGCCAUCGAGGGUACUGUAAAGUUACUUUCAAAAGAAUUUGAAAAUCUAGUGAGACAAAAACAGUACUUCAUAAAGGACAAAUGUUCGCGAUUGGCGCAAUGUCAAGAUAGGAGCGAGACCUUCGCUAAAUUGCAGGCCGAACGAGAGAAUAAGUUUUUUGUUAAUAAGCGCGAGAUACGGCUACAUUCAUGUGGCGAAGAUUGCGAUUGCAUCGAUACAUCAGCGAUGGAUAGAUCGCUAAUGGAAAGCGGCUCCUCCACGUCCGCCUCAAGUUGUACUAAUUCACCAAAGAGAAUGUGGCCACCCGCGUCGCGAUGUCAGAGUCACAUGAAGUGGACAAAAACUUUGCCGACAAUCAAUCAAGUUAUUCUUCCUACGAAACAUCCGUAUGCAGUUUCAGGAAAAUUAGGGAGUAAAAAUAUAAGCACAACAUCAAGAAUAGGUUCUGCAAGUGCCAAUCUUAGCAGUCAAUUCAAACAUGCUUCAGGAAAAACACAUAUAACAAGAAGUAGCAGUGUUGGUGUUUUAAAUCAAAGCGAUUCGGAAUCAGAUGCUGGUAUAGCAGGCGGAAAUAAUAGAGGAUGGAGUAGUCAAAUUAGCAACAACAGAAUGACCGGUAUAAUGAGGCCAACGAUUAGUUCUCAAAACAAAAUCAAUCAUCAAAAUAAAUCAAGCUUUUCUGGUAGCAAUGCUUCGUCAAUUUUGAGAAGACGUGGAAUGCAAGGAGCUUUCUCAACUAUUAAUCUAAGUCAAGUAGGAAACCAAGAAGACUCGAGUUCAGAGGAUACUUCUUCAAAUGGAAAUGGAGGAAAACCAGCGUUACCACCAAGACCUAGAAGUAUUAGUAUUGACCAUUCUUCUGCUAGUUUAAGUUUGCCCAGCGCAACAAUGAGAAGAUCUGGGUCGACAAUUAUAACAAAUGGUCGAGGUGGUGCUAGUGUAAUCGAACAAAAUAAAAACAAAAUAUCCACAACAAAUAGAAAUCAGCUGGAGCCUAGUCCACAUGAGUUACCAGUCAAAGAUACAGAUCGUACUAUCAAUGUAGCUAGUGCCGAAUUAGGCAUGGAUAAAACAUUAGUGUCUACGCAAUUGUGUAAUACGAUAGCGGACGAACUCGUGCGAACUGCAGAUAAUGUUGUGCAACUGUACAAACGUUUGACAAUAGACAAUGAUGACGACUCCUCUACAGAAGCGCUCGAUAAAGACACGAUGCUACGAGGACUGGAAUCAUCUGUUAACGAAACCAUGCGUACUUUAAGAUUGGUCAUUGCUGGUAAUGAGAAUCAUAACGACGGAAGUGGCAAGAGUAUCAUUACCAACGAGGCGACUGCAAAGUUUCAAGAACUACUCGCAGGUCAGGAUCAGGGCAAGGUAGUUAAUAUGAUGCAGCAGUAUUCCGAAUUACUUUUGACUAUGAUGCAACAGCGGAUGGGAGAAACUCAAUCAAGUCAUACGUAAAAUCCGUCCAUUGAUAAAAGGAAUAUCAUCUUCAUAUUUAAUGUAUUGGCAUAUCGGAGAUAAUAUAAAGAAGAAUGUGUCUAGUAAUUUCUUUUUAAACAUUGCAUUCUUGAUAAUUCUCUAACAUUUUGAUUAAAAAAAUUUAAAUAUGCUUUAAAAAUGAAAAAAAUAUACUAUCUCGCAAAAAUUUCAUAUGCUUAUUAUAAUUGCAUGAAAAUUUUUUCUUUUGCAACUAUACUCGCUUUUAUAACUAAUUCGCUUUUAAAUUCGAUAAAGUGAAUUAAUACUCAAUAUAUGCCAUUAUAGCACAAAAUUAUAUUGCACAAAACUUGUCACCAUUUUUAUAUCAUGAAAUAAAUCAUUAUUUUCAAUUAUUGUCGCGAUAUUGAACUUACAUAAUCUAUAUUUGCUUAAAGAAGUCAUACGAUAAAUUAAGUAAAUAUAAAGUAAUAACUGAAUUACAUUUCACUGUUAAAUAUAAAACUGAUUAUGAUUCAUCCAUUGUAUCUUAAGGCCAUAUGCCAUGAAAUACCAAUUAACUAAAGACUAGUAGAAUAGUUUGUUUUUUAAAUACAUGUAUGUGUAUGUGUGUUCGUGCGCGCCUACGCGUGAGCAAGCGUGCGUGUGUGCUAUGAGACUUGUAUUAUAAUAUAAUAAUUAAUAUUAAUUAAUUAAUGUUUUUAUGUAACCAAAGGUUGUAUGUAUUAAUGGUCUAAAGGAUGAAUACCAUUCUUUCUUCAUAAUUAAAACUUCGCAAAAUAUCAUAAUAAAAAGUACGCAGCAUAAA